AGUUAGUUUCCUUCUUGAAUUUUCAAAUUGCAGCAACCUAAACUGAGUAUCUUGCAAAAAGUAAGAUUAAUCAACAGUUUGGUUGUUCCAAAGAAGCAUCUCCUGCCAAGGAGCAACAUUAAAGAAUGGAAAAACUAACUUCCAUCUUCAGCCUGUUGGCUCUUAUUGCAUGUUCCACGCCCAGUGAGAGUCAAAAAGUGCCCAGGAGACCAUAUCCACCUGGCCAGCUGCCACAGGCUCUUCAACCCUACCGAGGAUGGGAUCCAUCACGCCUUCCUCCUCACCGUGGCCCAGGACUUAUUCCGCUACCUCUUCCUCCUGGUCCACCAGGGCGCAUUCCUCCUCCUCCUGCCUUUGGCCCAGGGCGCAUUCCAUUUCAACCCCUUCCACAGGGACCCAUUAAACAAGCUAAACCCUUUCCAGGUUACCCAGAACCACCAUUCCAACAAAGACCUUACCCUCCAGGACCUCCUCAGGUGCCAAAAGGCCAACUUCCCUUUAUUCCUUUUUGCCCUCCUUGCCCCACCCCUACAACCCUAUGUGAAACAACCACCACAGCUACAACCACAAGCACUACCGUUACAGAACCCACCACCACCACGAAAGAAACCACUACUUCCACAGAACUCACUACCACAACAGCAACCACCACCACUUGCACUGAACCUUCCACCACCCCAGCAGCCAUCACUUCCACUGAACCCACCACCACAGCACCCACCACCAGCACUUCCAUAGAACCCAUUGUCACCACAACAGAAGCCACCACUUCCUCAACAGUACCGACUUAUUCAGCAACAGAACCCAGCACCACCACAUCAACAGCAACCACCACUGCAGCAUCUACUACAGCUACUACUCAAAUUACAACUACCACUAAUUCACCACUCCAGCAAAAAAUACAACCACAACAAAACUACAUCAAAAAAUAUAACUUUUAAGAGUUUUUGGAAUAAAUCCUUUGCCAUUUUUCAUAGGAAGAUAUGAGAAAUUAUAUUUUCCAAACCACUGUGAGCUCUUAGGAGAAAUGAACUUCAGUUAUUUCAAUGGAACCAACCGUGUAAUCAGUACACAAAACAAAUAAAGUAUUUGAGCAAUAACAUGCA